AUAACAUUUCUCCACUCUCCACAGCCCACACCACCAACAAGGCAACAAUGGCAGCUGCAUCACCUUCAUCAAUCUCCUUCUUUUCCUCCACAAUUUUCCUAUCCAAUCAAAACCCUUCUUCCUCAAACCUCCGUUUCCUCAAACCCCAUCCCAACCCUAGACUCCGAGCCUCCACCACCACCAUCCACUCCGAGCUCACCACUCUCCCAGUCCUCUCCUUCGAAGGAACCGAGGUCGGCUCCGCCACUCUCAACCUCAAGUCCGCCCACCUCGACACCGCCCGCUCCGUCGUCCACCGCGGCAUCACCACCGACCUCACCAACCGCCGCCGCGGUACCGCCUCCACCCUCACCCGCGCGGAGGUCCGCGGUGGAGGGAGGAAGCCCUACCCACAGAAAAAAACCGGCGGCGCCCGCCGUGGUUCCCAGAGGACCCCCCUCCGGCCCGGCGGCGGUGUCAUCUUCGGGCCGAAGCCCAAAGACUGGUCUGUCAAGAUGAACAAGAAGGAGAAGAGACUCGCCCUCUCCACCGCCAUCUCCAGCGCGGCGGAGAACACCUUCGUGGUCGAGGAUUUCGAUGACAAGUUCGAGAAGCCGAAGACGAAGGAAUUCAUUGCAAUGCUGAAUAGAUUGGGCCUCGACCCGAAGAAGAAGGCCACUUUCUUGAUGACUCAAGUCUCGGACAACGUUAGACUGUCGGCCAGGAAUCUCGGCACGUUGAAAAUGCUGACGCCGAGGACUUUGAAUCUGUUCGAUAUUUUGGAUGCCGAGAAUUUGGUCCUCACGAAAGGAGCUUUGGAGUUCUUGAACGAUAGGUACGGGUUGGAGGACGAUGAAAUUUACGAGGAAGAGGGUGAUUUCGAAGAAGAAGAAGAAGAAGGAACUGAGGUUGAAGAAGCCCCUGAGUCGUCUGAGUGAUGCUACGCUGGUUGAUCGUUCAGUCGACAAUUAUCUCAAGUUCAUCCUUUUGCUUUUACCCUUUCAAUUGUAUGUCAUUUAAGUAUUUUGCAAUUAGUUAGUCGACAAUGUUUUGUAGGAUGCUUGAUGAUGCGGUGAUUCACACUACACUGUUUUCCUGGUAAAUUUUUAUGUUAAUCGAUCUAUAGAGAAAUUUUGUCUCCGUCUGAUUUAUCGUUUACUUAAUUUUUUAAACUCG